GUGCUUGGAAAGUGGAUCUGCUGAAAACAAAGUAAGAUUUUAUACCUAAACAUAAAAAAUCAUGAUCUUGUUAAUUCUGCUGUUCAUAUCUUCUAUGACCUUACUAAUAUUUGGUUUCCAUGAACCAUCAGUUUCAAAUAAAGUGGUGGUUAAAACCUCCCAUUAUGAUUUUGGUUUUAAUAAUUUCUUAUAAUUGAAAGUUUUGUUUUAUACAUUUGAGAGGUGUGUUGUUAUGGACACAAAUUCAUAAUUUCUAAAACUUCUUGGGAGGAUUAUUCCUUUAUCAAGUACUGAGUGGGAGCCUGAGACGUUGUGCCGUUGUCUGAAGAUUCUUCAAUCACUAUGUCAAGUGACACAGAUGUUUCUCUUUCUUCAUAUGAUGAAGAUCAGGGAUCUAAACUUAUCCGAAAAGCUUGAGAGGCACCAUUUGUCCCCAUUCGAAUGGCAGGUUUUGCAGCAGUCAUUGCAUAUGGAUUAUAUAAAUUGAAGAGCAGGGGCAAUACUAAAGUGUCUGUUCACCUGAUCCACAUAAGCGUGGUAGCCCAAGUCUUUGUUGUGGGAGCAAUGACUCUUGGUGUGGGCUAUUCCAUGUAUCAAGAAUUCUCGGCAAAACCUAAACCUUAGAAGAGGAGAUGCUGUCUUGGUCUUGGUGGUGCUUGCUUUAGUUAGACAUCUCAUAUUGAGGUUACAUGUUUAUGUUGAAAAUAAAUUCUGUGGGUCGGACUAUAAUAUGGUAAUUUGAAUAUUGGCUUCCUUUCUUGCAGGCUUGAUUUGCCUAGUGACUAGUGUACUAGCUAGGUCAUUCAGGGGAGUCAGAUUAGCACAAAAACAUGUCACUUUUAAAUGCACUUGAUAGUGGUACAAUGUCCACCUUCUUAAACUCUUCUGAUAAAAUUAGUUGUAAAGAGGAAAACAUGCCAAACCUGAAGAUGCUCCCAGUUGUUGCAGAAUAUCAUAUGCUUUUGAUGUAAUGUAGGAAUCCUAUUUACCUCAGUUAAUUUAACUCUUUCUGACUGCCUUGUGGACUGAGUACUGUUUUUAAGGUCUCGCUGGCUCUUGAAGAACCCUUUCAGAACAGUGCACAGAAUACAACAUUAUAAACCUCCCAGCAACUAUGUGUGUGUUUUUAAACCAAACCUAAAGAGCUGGUAACAGCUGCUUUGAAGUAGUAUCUGUUUUAGAAUCAUAGUUGUAAACAUGAGAAUAACUUAACUGUAGAUCCCCGUUUAGCUGUUUUGUAAUUGCAGAAUUAUAGUUUGCUGCUGUUAUAUUAGAAUAAUUUUUAAAUGGCAUUUUGAAAUAGAAGUGUGUAUUUUAAGUGCUAAUGCAAAGGUAAAUGAAAAAUACUUUUUAAAUGUGUGCAGUCUGCUUAUUUUCUCUGAAAGAAUCAUAAAUGUUAAACUAAAUAAAUUGCCUAUAAUGGAAGUGGAAAAAAAAAGUAGUGAG